AUGCCUAAGUCAAAGGAACUUGUGUCUUCAAGUUCAUCUGCUAGUGAUUCAGAUAGUGAAGUUGACAAAAAGGUAAAGCGGAAAAAGCAAGCAGCUCCAGAAAAGCCUGUAAAGAAACAAAAGAUUGGUGAAAGUUCCAAAGGCACAACUGCUUCUAAGCAAAGCAAUGACAGAAAUGAGAAUAUGUUUCAGAUUGGCAAAAUGAGGUAUGUAAGUGUUCGUGACUUUAAAGGGAAAGUCUUAAUUGAUAUUAGAGAAUAUUGGAUGGAUCAAGAAGGUGAAAUGAAGCCUGGCAGAAAAGGUAUUUCUCUAAAUCCAGAACAGUGGAACCAGCUGAAGGAACAAAUUUCUGAUAUUGAUGAUGCAGUAAGAAAAUUGUAAAUACAGAGCCAUAUGGAAAUCUUUAUUAUUUUAGUUGUUUUAAGUUGUCUUCUUACAUUAGCUUUUGUUUUCUAAAGUACAGAUUCCCAAGUUAUUGUAUAUUUGGAUUGCAAAACAAUUUAUAAGAAAGGUACUUUUUAAGUGCAUU